AGUUCCUCUGCAGAGCCUGCUACCAUGGCCUUCUCUCCAUUUGGCCUCCUCUUGAUGGUGUCCUACUGUUCAGGGUCCUUUGCUCAGUAUGUACUUACUCAGCCACCAUUCGUCUCUGUGUCUCCUGGAGAAACAGCUCAAAUCAAUUGCUCAGGAGAUUUGGUUAGUAAGAAGUAUGUUCAGUGGUACCAGCAAGUCCCUAACAAUGCUCCCCAGCUGUUAAUAUACAAGGAUACAGAAAGACCUGAUCAUGUUUCAAACCGGUUUUCUGGGAGCAGCAGUGGCAACACAGCCACACUAACCAUCACCAAUGUCCAACUCCAAGAUGAGGCUGAUUAUUAUUGUGAGCAUUUUCAUGACGAUUCCAGCUCUCGACACUAUAUCUUCGGCGGCGGGACCUUCCUUUCCGUCCUAGGUCAGCCGGCAUCCGCUCCCACAGUCAUUCUCUUCCCACCAUCCUCAGAAGAGAAGGAGAGCAAAAGCAAGGCCACCCUGGUUUGUUUGAUGAAAGACUUCAAUCCAGGUGUUCUCCAGGUCUCCUGGCAGGCUGAUGGCACCCCUAUCUCUAACGGGGUGGAGACAACCAAGCCGACUAAGGUCAAUGACAAGUACGUGGCCAGCAGUUACCUGACCGUGAAUCCCUCAGAGUGGGAAAGUCAUAAGACUUACACCUGCAAGGUGACGCACGAAGGGUCCAAUUACGAGAAGAGUGUGAGCCAUUCACAAUGUCCUUAACCCCCUCCUGCCCACAGAGCUCUGCUGCGUAAGGAGGAAAACUUCAGAUGGGCCAUGCAAGUGGCACUUUCUCCCCCUGCAGCUACCCCACUUUUCCUUCUGUGCUCCCCACAAAUUUUCAAACACUUUCACUUUUCCCUCGGCUUCAUAGGCAUCCUUGUUAGUUUCAAUGAAUAAUAAAACCAAAAUCAUGCAAUUUUGCUGCGUCUGUAUAGAUUUUCUCUAGUGACAAUUUUUUAAAAGAUUGUUAGAUGAUCUCAGUCAGUCAAUAAAAGAAGACAAUGCUUGAUCGUA